UGAGACCUCGCUGAAAACCCUAGUUCGCCGUCUAUAAAUGCCUCUCUAAAACCCUAACCGCUCCUCAGUCUCUUGUUUUGAGCCGCAGCCACCCAAAAUGUCGAAGCGAGGACGCGGAGGAUCCGCCGGAAACAAGUUCCGGAUGUCGCUGGGUCUACCGGUGGCGGCGACGGUGAACUGCGCCGACAACACCGGAGCGAAGAAUCUGUACAUCAUCUCCGUCAAGGGAAUCAAGGGCCGUCUGAACCGUCUGCCUAGCGCUUGCGUCGGCGACAUGGUCAUGGCCACCGUCAAGAAGGGGAAGCCUGAUUUGAGGAAGAAGGUCCUGCCGGCCGUCAUCGUCAGGCAGCGCAAGCCGUGGCGCCGAAAGGACGGUGUCUUCAUGUACUUUGAAGAUAAUGCUGGUGUUAUUGUCAAUCCCAAGGGAGAAAUGAAAGGGUCUGCGAUUACUGGUCCUAUUGGGAAGGAGUGUGCUGAUCUGUGGCCGAGGAUUGCUAGUGCUGCUAAUGCCAUUGUCUGAGUGAUACUAUACUCCAUCUCUCCAGAAGACAGAUCUUGGUGUUGUCCUUUUUCUUGUUUGAUAAUAGACGUCUCCUAAAUUUGACAGAGUUUUGCUUAAUGGGUCUCAUAUUUUGUGUAAACUUGAAAAUAUGCUUUUGCUAUGGAUAUUCUCAUGGUUAGUUUUAUGAAUGGAGUGUUCAGACUUAAAAUUAAGAUU